AUUUACCAAAUCAGCUGAGAAUUGAAAGGACUGAAGUGCGGAAUAGGAGGCUCGGACAAUUUUGCUUGACACAUUGGUCAGUGCUGUGGGUCAGUGGUUGUAAUAGAUUGAGAGUGGUGUUGACAAUUGUUUAAGUAUCUAAUUAAAAACAAUCUGAACUAAACACAGCACAAUGGAGAAGCCAUUAGAACGAGUUAUGGACGAAACCAUGGCAGUACCUCAAGUCUUGGGCUGUAUUUUUGCGGAUCAUCAGGGUCUUUGUCUCGGAGCCAAAGGUAACGCAUCCACGGAAAGCGCUGGCAUUCUCGGCGCGAUUGCCGAACAAGCAUCCAAACUGGAGCCACAUAAUCGAGCACCAGUUAUAACACUUGAGUCAGACAACAAGAUCUGCAUUAUACAACGGUCGGGGACAAUUACAGGGGCUGUUUAUAAGAGUAUAUAAUUCCUAUAAGAAUUCCAUGCAUGUGUAUGAAGUCAUUGUCAAUAUCUAAAAACUUUAUUUUUUCAUUGUCUUGAGACCAAAUUGCAUUCAAAGUCAAAUCAAAAAUAUUAAGAUACAAUUACUUGUUUGCUAA